AUGGCCGCCAACCGCACCCUAAUUUCAAACAUCCUCGCCACACCCCUAGACUGCGCAGAAGAAAUCUUCCACGUCGUUCCCUACCCUAACAACCCUGAACUUCUCCCCUCAACACUCCUACCCACUAUCACUCAACAGACAGUGCUUCACAGUGACUGGAUCGAUAUGUUUCCUUGUCCGCAGGCGCGAGAUAGUUUGAUCCAGGCCGCUGGCACUUUUGAUGAGGACGACCUGUGGGCAGACUGCGUCGGGGGACUAUAUGAGGGCUUUCCUGAUGAUGAAAUGGAACGACGUGGUAUGAUUGCGUGGUCGCCGACUUGGGAUAUCUCGGGAUGGGAGAUGUCGGAAGGGUUUAUGAGGAAAUGGGGGUGGUUGUUCAAGGGAUUGCCGGGGCCGUUAGAGGCGACAAAUCGGUGGCGGAUAGAAAGAGGUGAGGAACCAUUUGCUCAAGACAACUAUCAGUCGAGCUUUGUUACUUGA